AUGGCGAUAACCUCGUAUUCCAGUUUCUCUUACCAGAAACUGAAGCCAGAAGUGUUGUUAGACGACGAUGAAAGUAGAAUUUGGGAGGAGGUGGUCGGAAGAUCACUUAUUAGGAGGUCGAGGUUCUCGGGAGUGCGCAUUAGGCGGAGAUUUAGGGUGAAAAUCCCAAGAAUUAAGAGAUUGAUGAUGAGUAGAAAAGCAAGUUUUGUGAAGAUAGCUUGGAUUAAGGUGUGCAAAAGGUUGAAGGAAAGCCGGGCUCAUUUUGGUGAUCUUUUUGCUGGGAACUAUAUGUUUAUGCAAGUUAGUCCAGCUCCAUUGAAUUAA